UCGCGGGUGCGCUGAAUCAUAUAGAUAAGGGACGACGGGUGUGUCAACAUCGGUUGUUAGUUGUUAGUCACUGGAGCCCCAUGUGUUUACUGUCAGCGCAGUAACAGGCCUUUAAUGAGCCAGUCGAAUUGCCCCAAAACGACAUUCAUACCGACGUCAAGUCGAUAAAAACACGUAAAAAACAAAAACUAUUUGCAAUGCCGCCCUUUUGUUGCGGUGGUCGGCGAUGUGCGAAUGAUGCUGCACAAAAGGAGGGGCUGCAGGGACAGAUGGAGGGAGAUGAAGCUAAGGAUACUAUUUACACGACGGCCGCCGACUAUGUGCGUCCGUUGACCCUCAAGUUCUACGCUCGUCACGAUUGGCCGUAUUUUAAUUGCACUCCGGAGGAGAUUCGCCAAAUUCGUGAGAAGCUCGAUCCGGAGUCGUUAAAGGUAGCUGGCAGACUGACGGACGCCAGGAGACAAAGCAGCAGCGAGGACGUUGUGCUAACACAGAAAGUAGAUCAUCCCACGGCACAGCCUAUGACCGAAAAUCAAAUCUAUGGCUGGUAUCAAGAUCGCGCCUAUCGUUACCUAAAGCGUGAUCGUGGCAUCUUCGUCUUUCCACACGAGAAUGAUCCAUAUAUUCAACAGAUUCUAAGUAACAAAUUUAACAAUACUCGAUAAUGCCUAACCCUUGCAAGAAACUCGACAAAAAAACACGAAAUAAUUCCACAAAUUUAAGUCUGUUUGAAGAAUAAUUAUAAUAAUUAGAUGUGAUCCAGGCCAAAACA